GACGAAUUCGUUUGAGUUGUUUUCCUUCGUUUCACACACACAACCCCAACUGUUUGAAUCGAACGUAAAGUGAAUACGUAAUUUCCUCACGUUUUGGCAAGCUUAUCAAAUCGAGUUUUCUCAGAAAUGAAUUUGCUGUCGAACGUACAUUUAGGAUUGAGCGAUCCAACCUCGAAUCCCCAAAGGACGACCCACAUCAUCACGAACGAUUAUCAGUAUUAUCAUUACAAAUGCGAUGGUUUUGAUGAUGUGGGAUGGGGUUGUGGAUACAGAACUCUCCAGACCAUUGCCUCCUACCUUUCACUCCAGCAGCAGCCAGGUAAAAAAGCUGGACAAGUUCCAAGUCUCAAGGAAAUUCAAGAAACACUAGUUGCCAUUGAAGAUAAGAAGAAAUCUUUUGUAGGAUCAAGAGAAUGGAUUGGAAGUUUUGAAGUGUGUUUAGUAAUUGACAAGCUUUUUGAUGUUCCCUGCAAAAUUCUCCAUUGUCCUUCUGGUGAAAAUGCAAUGACAGACAUUUUUCCAAAGUUGGAAGAACACUUUGCCAAAUCAUCCGCCCGACCAAUUAUGAUGGGCGGUGAUCACGAUGCUUCUUCUAAAGGAGUCCUCGGUACUUGUUGCGUCGACAAUGACCACUGGCUGCUGGUUCUGGACCCUCAUUAUUACCACCAACGAGGACAACAUCAAACAUCUGCUGUCAAACUCCAGAAAGAAGGAUACGUCAGAUGGACACACACGAGUGAAUUUGACAAGCAAUCAUUUUACAAUAUAUGUCUCCCUCAAUUCAACAGCAGCAGCUAGCGACGUAUAAUAUAUGUACAAUAUUAUGACAUUAUUGUUAUGGUAUCCGGAAAAAAAUAUAAUGUAUGCGUGUAAA